AUAAUGGAGCGCUAUCAAUCGGUACUUGUGACAGCGACCACUGGAGGAUGGUCGCACAUGCUCUGCUGUCGUAUCACACCACCCCAUAGACGCCCAGGAUCCUUCCGUACGGAUGAACCAGCGGCCCAGAUUGUCUCUCCUCCAACAUCUUUAAACUCUCUCUCUCUCUCUCUCAAUACUUCCUGCUGCUUCAGCUUUCAGUUUUUGGUGGUCCACUCCCCUAUAAAAACCACUUUCUUCCCUUCCCUUUUCUCUUUUUUAGUUGUUUUGGCUGAGUUUUGUAGUGAUUUAAGAAAAAAGCCCCUUACCCUAGACCCAUGGUGUUGUGAUGGAAGAAGAAGAGGAAACUCUGUCAUCUCCUCCUCCUCCCUCCACUUCCCGAGCUUAAGAUCUAAAAUGGGGUUUGCUUUUUUAAAAACAGUUUUAGGGGUUUUGCCAUUUCAUGUGCAAUGAUUGCAGUACGAGUGAAAGGUUGUGAUUUGUUGGGUUUCUUACUUUAAUUUAGAAUUAUCUUCUUUCGAACCAGAAACUAAGUUUGAUAUGAAGCUUUCAACGUCAGGACAGGGUCAGCAGCAGGCUAAUGAAGGGGAAAACAAGUGCCUGAACUCUGAGUUAUGGCAUGCCUGCGCCGGCCCACUGGUUUGUCUACCCACUGCGGGGACCCGUGUCGUCUACUUUCCUCAGGGUCAUAGCGAGCAGGUAGCUGCCACCACUAACAAGGAGGUCGACACCCACAUUCCAAAUUACCCCAACUUGCCGCCUCAGUUGAUAUGUCAGCUCCACAAAGUCACCAUGCAUGCUGAUGUUGAGACAGAUGAAGUAUACGCCCAAAUGUCACUGCAGCCUUUGACACCUGAAGAGCAGAAAGAGACAUUUCUUCCUAUGGAGUUGGGGAUUCCAAGCAAGCAGCCAACCAAUUAUUUCUAUAAGACACUGACAGCAAGUGAUACUAGUACCCAUGGUGGUUUUUCUGUUCCACGUCGCUCUGCCGAAAAAGUCUUCCCACCACUGGACUUCUCGCAACAGCCACCAGCUCAGGAACUUAUUGCGAGGGAUCUACAUGACGUUGAGUGGAAAUUUAGACAUAUAUUUAGAGGACAGCCGAAACGCCACCUUCUUACUACAGGCUGGAGUGUGUUUGUUAGUGCCAAGAGACUUGUUGCAGGGGAUUCUGUUCUGUUUAUUUGGAAUGAAAAGAACCAGCUUCUUUUGGGAAUUCGCCGCGCCGCUCGCCCACAAACUGUAAUGCCAUCAUCUGUUUUAUCUAGUGAUAGCAUGCACAUUGGACUACUUGCUGCUGCAGCUCAUGCUGCUGCUACUAAUAGCUGCUUUACAGUAUUUUAUAAUCCGAGGGCCAGCUCAUCUGAUUUUGUGAUACCCUUUUCAAAAUAUGUCAAAGCUGUUUUCCACACACGCAUCUCAGUUGGGAUGCGUUUUAGGAUGCUUUUUGAGACAGAAGAAUCAAGUGUUCGUAGGUAUAUGGGUACAAUAACAGGAAUAAGUAGUUUGGAUCCCGUUCGCUGGCCAAAUUCCCAUUGGCGGUCUGUGAAGGUUGGUUGGGAUGAGUCAACAGCAGGUGAGAGGCAGCCAAGGGUAUCAUUGUGGGAGAUUGAGCCUUUAACAACAUUUCCAAUGUCUCCAUACCUAUUUCCCCUCAGAUUGAAACGCUCUUGGAAUUUUGGUUCCUCAUCUUUGCAUGAUAACAGAGAUGAUAUACCUAAUGGAUUAAUGUGGCCAAGGGGGGGAUCUGGAGAGCAAGGACUGCAAUCUCUGAAUCUUCAGCCUUUCGGCUCAUACCCAUGGAUGCAGCAAAAACUAGAUCCGAGUUUCCCUGGAAAUGAUUAUAAUCUGCAGUACCAACACAUGCUAGCCAAUGGAUUGCAGAACUUUGUGAGUGGGGAUCUGCUGAGACAGCAGUUGCAGCAAUCUUACACUCAACCGAGCAGCCAUAGUUCACUUUUGCAGCAGCAGCAGCAGCGAGCUGAUUCACAGUCAGUUACACAUGACGUUAUGCAGGCACAGCAAUCCCAAAUUCUAACUGGGAGCUUGCCCCCUGUCCUUGGACAAGAAGAAGUAAGCAGUCACUCAGAGGAGCGGGUUCAGCAACAGCAUAGCGUGAUUCAAAGUGAUCAGCUCCAGCAGAGGCAGCUGGCGAAUGUGCCUUCAUCAUUUCUGAAACCAGAUUUUUACUCAGCAAAGUUCUCAGAAUCUGGUCCCCCUCUUCUGAAUAUGCUGGGUUCAUUGUGUCCUGAAAGCAGUGCAAAUCUUUUGAACUUCUCCACAACUGGUCAGUCAAUGCUAGCUGACCAAUUACCCCAACAGUCCUGGGCCCCAAAGUAUACCCAUUCACAGGUAAAUGCCUUUGCUAGCUCAACAUCGGGUCCACAAGUUUCUCCUGGAAAAGACGCUAUAACAGAGCUAGAUAUCGGUAACACGGAUGCUCAGAAUUCUACUCAUUUUGUUGUUAACAACGAUUCCUUUGGCCUUCUACUUCCCACCUCAAUGCCUGGUUUCACUCCAUCUUCAAGUGAAGCUGAUGUGCCAUCAAUUCCAUUGGGGGAUCCCUCAUUCCAUAAUCCUCUGUAUGGUUUCAUGCAAGACUCAGAGUUGCAGGGCACAGGGCUAGUUGACCCACCUACUCCACCUCCAACAUUUGUCAAGGUUUAUAAAUCAGGGUCGGUGGGACGCUCAUUGGACAUCUCCAGGUUCAGCAGCUACCAUGAGCUGCGAGAGGAGCUGGCUCGGAUGUUUGGAAUUGAGGGGAAGUUGGAAGACCCUCUUGGAUCAGGCUGGCAGCUUGUAUUUGUCGAUAGGGAGAAUGAUAUUCUUCUCCUUGGAGACGACCCAUGGGAGGCAUUUGUGAAUAACGUUUGGUACAUAAAAAUACUUUCACCGGAGGAUGUGCAGAAGAUGGGAUAGCAACAGCUGGUGUGAUUCCGAGGUUGAAAGAUGAACAGCACCAUUGCCGGUGGCCGAGGUCAUAUCUCAGUCUGUCUAGGCUUAACAUGUUGGUUGAGUUGAAUUAGAACCAAAUUCCAGUAAAUUUUGCAGUAUCCGCUCUUGGAGUGAAGAACCUCCCCACUAUUGUGUAGGACUGUUGUAUGUUAUUUGAAUUACACGUACGAUUAUAUAUCAGAAUCAAACUUGAUCUACUAAGACUUCAUUAUUUGUUAUGCU